CUUGAUUCAAAUUUUCAACUUUAAGUAUGAAUGACUAAUGUUUGAAUGAGUUUAGGAACUUAAACUAAUCCGUCCCGGUCGUUAGCCGUAUUUUUUCACUACCCGUUUGUCUUAUUCUCUCCGGUGUCACUCCUCAAUUCCCGAAGAAUUCAACUUUAUAGGUCUCGAAAUUCGUUGCGUUUCAAAGAUCAGUUCCAAUCUUGCUACUAGAAAUGGAUGGACAAGAUGGGCGAGGUGGCAGUGGUGUAGAAUUGCAGAACUAUAUCCUUGGUAAAACUCUUGGGAUUGGUUCAUUUGGUAAGGUGAAAAUUGCAGUGCAUAAAUUGACUGGCCAUAAAGUUGCCAUCAAGAUAUUGAACCGGAAGAAGAUUAAAAAUAUGGAAAUGGAAGAAAAAGUGAGAAGAGAAAUCAAAAUUUUGAGGCUAUUCAUGCAUCCUCACAUCAUUCGACUAUAUGAAGUUAUUGAGACACCGUCUGACAUUUGCAUGGUGAUAGAGUAUGUAAAAUGUGGAGAAUUAUUUGACUACAUUGUGGAAAAGGGUAGGUUACAAGAAGACGAAGCUCGAAAGUUUUUCCAACAGAUAAUAUCAGGAGUAGAGUAUUUCCAUAGGAAUAUGGUUGUUCAUCGAGACUUGAAACCUGAAAAUCUCCUGUUAGAUUCAAAUUACAAUGUGAAGAUAGCGGAUUUUGGAUUGAGUAACGUAAUGAGAGAUGGUCAUUUCCUGAAGACCAGUUGCGGAAGUCCAAACUAUGCUGCCCCUGAGGUUAUAUCAGGAAAACUUUAUGCUGGCCCUGAAGUUGAUGUAUGGAGUUGUGGUGUUAUCUUAUAUGCUCUUCUUUGUGGUACCCUCCCUUUUGAUGAUGAAAACAUCCCCAAUCUUUUUAAAAAAAUAAAGGGUGGGAUAUAUACCCUUCCAAGCCAUUUAUCACCCGGAGCUAGAGAUUUGAUUCCUAGGAUGCUUGUUGUUGAUCCUAUGAAGAGAAUCACAAUUCCAGAGAUCCGUCAACACACUUGGUUUCAAGCUCAUCUUCCUCGUUAUUUAGCUGUACCACCCCCAGAUACAGCGCAACAGGCAAAGAAGAUUGAUGAAGAGGUACUCCAAGAAGUUGUUAGGAUGGGAUUUGACAAGAACCAGCUAAUUGAAUCUCUCUACAACAGAGUACAGAAUGAGGGGACUGUUGCAUACUAUUUGCUUAUCGAUAACCGCUUCCGGUCUUCAAGUGGUUAUCUUGGGGCUGAGUUUCAAGAAACAAUGGAAAACAAUUUUAGUGGCAUGCAUCAAAAUGAACUCUCUUCUCCUGCUGCUGGGCUCCAGUAUCAUGGUUAUCUUGAUUACCAAGGAACAAGCUUGCGACAGCAAUUACCUGUUGAAAGGAAAUGGGCUCUUGGAUUACAGUCCCGGGCCCAUCCUCGUGAGAUAAUGAUGGAAGUUUUGAAAGCACUGCAAGAAUUGAACGUCUGCUGGAAAAAGAUUGGGCAUUAUAACAUGAAAUGCAGGUGGAUUCCAGGCAUUCCUGGUCACCAUGAAGGGAUAGCCGAUAAUCCUAUACAUAAUUAUUUUGGUGAAGAGUUAAAUAUAGUUGAAAAUGAUGGGAUUUCGAGAUCGCCUAAUGUGAUGAAGUUUGAAGUGCAGCUAUACAAAACCCGUGACGAGAAGUAUCUACUUGAUCUACAAAGGGUUCAAGGACCACAAAUGCUCUUCCUGGAUCUCUGUGCAGCCUUCCUUGCUCAACUCCGUGUGCUCUAAAUUAGGUUAUGAAAACCGUGAAGAGAAGGACCAAAAAUGCUCAUCUCGAUCUCUGUGCAGCCCUCCUUGCUCAACUCCGCGUGCUCUAAAUUAGCUACAUAACCGGGUAUAUCAAAUUUCAUAGCAUUAAUAUAAUCUGUAUAUUAAAAUCUAUCUUUUUUAUGUGGAUUUUGUCUCGACAGAGCGAGUUUUAUUGCUGACCCAGGUGUGCUUAACACGUGUAAUGUUGAUUAAUCAUAAUAUUUGAGAAGUAUUGUGUUCUCUCCAA